AUGCAACGCACACUCAAUUCAACGAGGCCUGACCAACGAUUUUGGUUUUACGAUGACGUAACCCAGUACGGUAGAAUAAAAUAUUUAAAUUACUAUACUCCCUUAAUACUGGCAACAUUUACGGUGUUGUUUGUAACUUAUAACAUAUGGAAACAUUAUUACCAUUACAAUGUACUACAUUUGAAACAAAAAAACCCAAUUGAGGAACUUUUAUAUUCUUCCACCGACGAAGACGAACACAGUCCGUUGAUAAACAAUAAUACCACUACAACGAACUACGUUGACGUUAACACUAAAAAAGACGAGUUGAAAAAUAGACAUUUCUCUCUGGAAAAGCUUAAAUCGGUUAAAUUAAACGGUGAACCUCACGGGGAGCCCGAGUUGAUUAGAAGAGGUUUUAUUGAAAAGUCAAGAAUUAUCUUGGAAUUUCUUUUGGUUCUUUCGCAAGUUAUAAUACAUUCUUUCAUCCUAUUGCACUACGUCAACAACAAUUCGGAGUUUACUCAGCGAAGUACUGUUACCGGUUUAGUGGAAUGGUGUUUAUUGUUUGUCAUUGUUUCUUUGCGUCUAGUGAAUGUCAAUCAAAAUUUCAAACUGAUAAACAAAUAUCCCGGGAAUUUAUGGUCUGUGUCGUUUAUAAACUAUUUGAUCCUGUUCUGCUCUAUGAUUUUACCCUUCCGUUCAAUUUUCAUUCAUCAUAUCAAUGCUUCUGUAUUAAGAAAGUAUUACAUUUCACAAAUAUCAAUCAACUUGGUACUUUUCCUAUUGCUCUUUUUUGCCAAAAUAAGAAACAAUUUCGCCGUCAUCUACAAAACUGAUAGCUGGAUUACGCCAUCUCCAGAACCAGUAACUUCUAUUGCUGGUUUCAUCUGCUGGGCCUGGUUGGACGGCUUUGUUUGGAAAGCGCACAAUGUGAGUAUCAAAGUCAAAGAUAUUUGGGGGUUAAUGAUGCAGGAUUAUUCCUUCUUUGUUGUGAAAAAGUUCAGAUACUUCGUCGAUCAUAAGGUGAAGAGGAAGCGUAUUUUUUCCUUGAAUCUUUUCUUUUUCUUCUCGAAUUAUCUGGUACUACAAUGCUUUUGGGCGUUUUUAGGCAGUGUUCUAUCUUUCGUUCCAACCGUCUUAUUAAAGAGAAUAUUGGAAUAUGUUGAAGAUCAAUCAUCCGCUCCUUCAAACCUAGCCUGGUUUUACGUCACCAUUAUGUUUGUAGGUAGAAUCUUAGUAGCCGUUUGCCAAGCACAAGCUUUAUUCUUUGGUAGAAGAGUUUGUAUCAGAAUGAAAAGUAUCAUUAUUUCUGAAAUCUACACGAAGGCUUUGAGAAGAAAAAUUUCUACCAACAAGACCAAACCUGCAGCUGAAGAUCCGCAAGCAAUUAAUGACCAAAAAAGUAUCAACGGUGAUGAAGAAUCCACUUCUUCCGCCAAUCUUGGGGCAAUUAUUAAUUUGAUGGCUAUUGACGCUUUUAAAGUCUCCGAAAUUUGCGGAUACUUACACUCAUUUUUGGAGGCUUUCGUUAUGACUAUUGUAGCCCUUGUAUUAUUAUACCGUCUAUUAGGUCUUGCUGCAAUCUUGGGUGUCUUGAUCAUUGUGGCCAUGCUCCCAUUAAAUUACAAGCUCGCCAAGUACAUAGGUGAUUUGCAAAAGAAGAAUUUAGCCGUUACCGAUAACCGUAUUCAAAGAUUAAACGAAGCAUUCCAAGCCAUAAGAAUCAUCAAAUAUUUUUCAUGGGAAGAAAAUUUUGAAAAUGAUAUUAAAGCUAUCAGGGAAAAUGAGUUGUCUUUGCUAUUAAUGAGAUCCAUUGUUUGGUCAAUUAGUUCUUUUGUUUGGUUUGUUACCCCAACUAUCGUAACAGCUGCUUCAUUCGCUUACUAUAUUUACGUUCAAGGCGAGGUAUUAACUACUCCAGUUGCUUUCACCGCACUUUCUCUAUUCACACUUUUGAGAGAUCCAUUGGACCGUUUGUCUGAUAUGUUAAGUUUUGUCGUCCAAUCAAAGGUCUCAUUAGAUAGAGUCCAAGAUUUCUUGAACGAAAAGGAUACAGCGAAGUACGAUCAGUUGACUAUAGAUCCUAAUGGGAAAAGGUUUGCUUUUGAAAACUCCACUAUUUCUUGGGAUAAGGAUAAUCAGGAUUUCAAAUUGAAGGACUUAAACAUUGAAUUCAAAACCGGUAAACUGAAUGUUGUUAUCGGCCCUACUGGUUCUGGUAAAACAUCUCUAUUGAUGGCACUACUGGGAGAAAUGUAUCUACUAAAUGGUAAGGUUGUUGUUCCUGCUUUAGACCCAAGGCAAGAAUUAGUCGUGGAAGCAAAUGGAACAACCAAUUCUAUUGCUUACUGUUCACAAGCUGCCUGGUUGCUAAAUGAUACUGUAAAAAGCAACAUUCUAUUCAAUAGUCAAUUUAAUGAGACAAGAUAUAAAGCCGUUAUUGAAGCAUGUGGAUUGAAGCGUGACUUCGAAAUUUUGAAAGCUGGUGACUUGACAGAAAUUGGUGAGAAAGGUAUUACUCUAUCUGGUGGUCAAAAGCAAAGAGUUUCUCUUGCCAGAGCCUUGUAUUCCAACGCAAGACAUGUUCUUUUGGAUGAUUGCUUAAGUGCAGUUGAUUCUCACACUGCUUCAUGGAUUUACGAUAAUUGUAUUACUGGCCCACUAAUGGAAGAUAGAACAUGUAUUUUGGUUUCUCACAACAUUGCAUUGACACUUAGAAAUGCCGAGCUAGUUGUAUUACUGGAAGACGGUAGAGUUAAAGACCAAGGUGACCCAAUAGACAUGUUACAGAAAGGUCUAUUCGGCGAAGACGAGUUAGUAAAAAGCAGUAUUUUAUCGCGAGCAAAUUCUUCCGCUAAUUUAGCCGCAAAAAGUAGCACCAGCUUAAAUAACCUCCCAGUUGCGAAAGAACUACCAAUUAGCAUGAAUAACAACUCCCCAUUAUUUGAAGUAUCAAAUCUUCAAAAACCUUUGAGAACAGAAGCCGAACGUGCAGAAGAUGGCAAAUUAAUUGAAGAAGAAACAAAGGAAGAGGGUGUAGUUAGUAUGGACGUCUAUAAAUGGUAUUUGAAAAUUUUUGGUGGCUGGAAGAUCGUUGCGUUUUUAGCUUCCUUAUUCUUAGUCUCCCAACUUUUGUAUAUCGGACAGUCAUGGUGGGUCCGUGCCUGGGCAUCCCACAAUGUUAUUGCUAAGAUUGUUCCUAUGGCUCAACGCGCUAUCGCCUUUAUCUCCAAGGAUGCCAGCCAUCUGCUAGACUGGAGAGGCUCAUUUCAGGUAGGCAUAAUGUCAAAUGGAAGCGAGCCCACUGGUAAACACUCUACAAUGUAUUAUCUCAUUUUGUAUUUGAUCAUUGGUUUAGCCCAAUCGUUAUUGGGAGCCGGUAAGACUAUUCUAAAUUUUGUUGCUGGUAUCAAUGCAUCAAGAAAAAUUUUCAACAUGAUACUAAACAAGGUGUUACAUUCAAAAUUAAGGUUUUUCGAUGCUACCCCAACUGGUAGAAUUAUGAACAGAUUUUCCAAGGAUAUCGAGGCUGUUGAUCAAGAAUUGACACCUUAUAUCCAAGGUGCCUUCUAUUCGCUUAUUGAAUGUCUGUCUACAGUCAUAUUAAUCACAUUUAUCACUCCACAAUUCUUGUCUGUUGCGAUUGUUGUCUCAAUAAUGUAUUACUUUAUUGGGUACUUUUACAUGGCAGGCUCUCGUGAAUUGAAGAGGUAUGAGGCUAUCUCUAGAUCACCCAUUUAUCAACACUUCUCAGAAACUCUUGUUGGUGUCACAACAAUUCGUKCAUUCGGUGAUGAAGGAAGAUUUAUGCAAGAGAACUUACAAAAAAUUGAUGAAAACAACAAACCGUUCUUUUAUUUGUGGGUCGCUAAUCGUUGGUUGGCCUUCAGAAUAGAUAUGAUUGGGUCUUUGGUCAUCUUUGGCGCUGGGUUGUUUAUAUUAUUCAAUAUCGAUCAUCUAGACUCUGGUAUGGCUGGUAUAUCGCUGACAUAUGCAAUCUCCUUUACUGAAGGUGCCUUAUGGUUAGUGAGACUGUAUUCUGAAGUAGAGAUGAAUAUGAACUCCGUUGAAAGAGUGAAAGAGUAUAUGGAAAUUGAGCAAGAACCAUACAAUCAACACAAAGAAGUGCCACCACCACAAUGGCCACAAGACGGUAAAAUCGAAGUCAAUGAUCUGUCGUUACGUUAUGCACCAAACUUACCUAGAGUGAUUAAAAAUGUUUCAUUUUCUGUUGACGCCCAGUCUAAGGUUGGUAUUGUUGGCAGAACAGGUGCUGGUAAAUCCACAAUCAUUACGGCUUUGUUUAGAUUCCUGGAACCCGACACGGGCCAUAUUAAGAUCGAUAAUAUCGAUAUUUCUGGUGUUGAUUUGCAAAGAUUGCGUCGUUCUAUAACUAUUAUUCCACAAGAUCCAACUUUGUUUUCAGGGACAAUCAAGUCCAAUUUAGAUCCAUAUAAUGAAUUCAGUAACCAAAAGAUCUUUGAGGCUCUAAAACGUGUUAAUCUAGUCAGCGAAGAACAAUUACAACAGGGAACCGAAAGAGAGGUGACCAAUGAUACCUCAUCAGCCGACUCAGAAAAUGUUAAUAAAUUUUUGGAUUUGGAAAGUGAGGUUAGUGAAGGUGGGUCCAACUUGUCACAAGGACAACGUCAAUUGAUGUGUCUUGCGAGAUCUUUGCUAAGAAGUCCAAAGAUCAUCUUACUAGAUGAGGCUACAGCUUCCAUUGAUUAUAGUUCAGACGCAAAGAUUCAAGAAACCAUAAGGAAGGAGUUCCAAGGAAGCACAAUAUUAACUAUCGCACAUAGACUAAGAUCUGUCAUUGAUUAUGACAAGAUCUUGGUUAUGGACGCUGGUGAAGUUAAAGAAUAUGAUCAUCCAUAUUCGUUAUUGCUAAAUAAACAAAGUAUUUUUUACAGUAUGUGUGAACAUAGUGGAGAACUGGAGAUUUUAGUGGAAUCAGCUAAAAAGGCCUUUGUAGAGAAACUGAACUCUAAGAAAGACUGA